AUGAUAUUUUGUGAUAGCAGAGUAAAAUAUGAUGUCGUUGUAAUACCAUUUUCAAAAAUUUCGAGAGCAUACCAAAAAAUUCUAGGAUAUAAUGCAGCAAAAUAUGAGAGAUAUCAAAACAGAAAAGAGUUUGACAGAUUUACCAACGAUUUAAAAAAACUGGAUAUACAAGAUUACAAGGAACCUACAGAAAUGCCUGAUAUUGAUAAUUUCGAUUAUGAAAAUGAAAAAAGAGAUGUUAAUCCUAAAAUGGGAUCCGAUUAUGAUGGCUUAAGUAAUGGUGAUGAUAAAAUAGUUGGUGGAGAUGAGGUCGAUAUUAAUUUAUAUCCAUACCAUGUGGCGUAUGGCACUAACUGUGGUGGAGCUAUAAUUGAUAGAAAUUGGGUGAUCACAGCUGGACAUUGUGGAGUCAAGCCAUAUAUAAAAGUUGGAUCAAAAUAUUUCAAUCAAGGUGUCAGAGUCGGUGUGAAAAAGAAUCAUAUUCAUCCGUUUUGGUCAGCAGUGAAAAAAGUGCAUCCGUUUGAUUACGACUUUCAGUUGCUGGAGCUUGAAGGGCCGCUGAUAUUUAAUGAUAACGUUCAACCAAUUAAAAUUGCUCAUAUCGAAGACAUGGUUGUUGGCACGGUUGUGUCUGUAACUGGAUGGGGAAAUACGGAGGAAAAUGGACCUUACUCACAUGUUCUGCGGGCCGUACGUGUGCCGAUUAUUUCAAAGGAGACAUGUCAAAAUGUGCCGUAUCCGUACUUUAAGGGUACUCUGACGCCAAGAAUGUUCUGCGCUGGCUAUACGGAGGGCGAAAAAGAUGCUUGCCAGGGUGACUCUGGAGGACCAGCGGUAUCCCAAGGCCGCCUACUCGGUAUGGUGUCUUUCGGUUAUGGUUGUGCAACGCCAGGUGCUUACGGUGUAUACAGCAAAGUGGCAAAAGUGAGAUCCUGGAUAGAAGGUGUCACGGAAUUAACACUAAAUUAA